CCCCCAUAUCGACUUCACACUUCACCGAUCGUCAUCCGCCCAAUCCCUCCAACAGACCAAAGUUGCCGCUCUCGCUGUUAAUUCCAUCACAACAGUCACAAUGUCUGCCUCCUUCCGCUCCAUCCGCGCCCUUGCGCCCCUCCUCGACCGCGUCCUCGUCCAGCGCGUCAAGGCCGAGACCAAGACCGCCAGCGGCAUCUUCCUUCCCGAGUCCUCCGUCAAGGAGCUCAACGAGGCCAAGGUCCUCGCCGUCGGCCCCGGUGCCCUCGACAGAGACGGCAAGCGGUUACCCAUGGGCGUCGCCUCUGGUGACCGCGUCCUGAUCCCCCAGUUCGGCGGCUCCCCCGUCAAGGUCGGUGAGGAGGAGUACCACCUCUUCCGUGACAGCGAGAUCCUCGCCAAGAUCAACGAGUCAUAAACAGAGAGAAAUCUGCCAGAAACGACUCAAACCAAAAAAAAAGGUGUAAAAGAUAC